AUGCCUGUGGCACUCGAGUCGCAGAAGCUGUUGACAUGGUUGCCAAGGGAUGACCAGAAUGGGGCCUACACGCCAGCAGAGAUCCCCAUUGUAGGCAGAAUCAUGUCUAUGAUCCUGUCGCUUUUGACGCUGUGCGUCUUGUCCAUCUGCAUCACCCGCCGCGUGCAGCACAUCCGCCGCUGGUCGACCAUCCCGCUGGGCGCGUGGUACAUCCUGUUGAUCUACGUCGACUCGUUUCUCUUCGUCUUCAUCACCGCCGUCUUCAAAGAUGUCGGCCUCAACGAGACCGUGUCCAUCUGCAGAGGCGCCAUCCUGCUCUGCUUGACCCUCUACCUGUCGACAAAGGUGUGCGUCUACCUGUUCCUGGUCGAGAAAGCCUACAUUGUGCGCGGUAGCAACGAAUCGAGGUACAAGGACAAGCUAUACAUCUUCAACAUCUGCGGCGCAAUGGGGCCGUAUGGCGUCCUUGCCAUCCUGAACAUCAUCUGGAGAUUUUCACACGUCAACGACGGCACCUGCGUCAUCGGAAUGGAGAAGAGAGCCCUCAUGCCGCUCAUCAUCUUCGACGUUGCCGUCAACGUCUACCUGACCGCGCUCUUUAUCGUGCCACUUCGCCAGCUGUACUCGUACAAGUCCAGCCAAACCGGGACCCUGCACACCAUGGCCGUCCGCACCUUCUUCGGCUCCUGCGCCACUCUGACCUCGUCCAUCGCCAAUCUGACCCUGCUCAUGGUCCUCGAUGGCGAACCUGCGUGGAUCUGCUUCUUGAGCUGCAACGUUGAAAUCCUCUUCUCCUGCCUCACCCUCCACUGGGUCACCUCCCGCGACCGCACCGGCCAAACCACCAACCGCAGCUACUCGCACUCAAACGGCGAGCCGGGCCCCUCCGGCGGCCACAACAACUCAGGCUCCCACCCGCUGUCGUACGGCAAGCAAACGCGCUCCCGCGACCGCGACCGCAACGGCAACAUCAUGGGCACCGAAACCCUCAUCUCAGAACACUACCAAGACCGCGCGCACGCCGCCGCCGCCUCGUCGACGACGAACCGCGGGGGCCACGGCCGCAAAAGCGCCAGCGUCAGCGUCUGGCCCGAAGCAGACGAGGAAUCGACGACGGGCAUGCUGAGCGGCAGCGGCGGUGGCGGUGGCGGUGGCAUCUUCGGCAGCCACGAAGGAGAGACUGGCGUCAGAGACGCGGCCGAGGACCUGGGCUCGUCGUCGUGGCCCGAAGACACGCGGGCGGUCGUGAGCGCCAGCUGCGGGCGCGCGGAGAGCAUUCACAACAUCGACGACGAUGACGAUGGCGACGACAAUGGCGGCAACGACCAGCACCACCGCGCCGUCGUGGCGCAGGGCAUCGCGCUGGGAAGGAUCGUCGUGACGAAGCAGAGCGAGGUGCGCGCGCUGACGAGGGAGGAGGAGAGGCGGGAGAGGGAACUCGCCGCGGCGGCGGCGGCGGCCGGCCCGGCAGCGCGGCGGGGCGUUACUAAGGGAGGAGGAGGGGGAGGAAGCGGAGGGAGGUCGUCGCGGAAUAGUCGGCAUGGGAGCAGGAGCGCCAUUGCUGGGGCGGGGGUCGUGAUGGCUACGGCGGGCGCGACGACGACGGCGGCGUUGCAGACGGCGGGCGCCGCCGGGGUCGAUGGCGCGGAGAGCAGCGAUACCGAGUCGUCGCGGAGUACGACGGGGGGCGGGAGGGGCGGCGCGGGGAGUGCGAGGGAGGGGAGUACGGACAGCAUGAUUUUGGCGGCGCCCGGGCCCGUGCAUAUGGUUUGA